CGCUAUGCCUAUCAAAGAAUUCCAUUGUCCUAUUGAUACGCGCCAAUAAGAUCUUCUGCAUCGACUGUGCUUUCAACAGCUCACAGUUAGAAAUGCAGAAAUAAAUAUAAGAUCCUACACAAACUACAGGCAGCAGGGAAACAAGUUUCCAAAAAAAAAAACCACACUGCUUGCAUCCCGGUCAUCCCCUCACUCGAUUCAGUUUGUAUCGCGCUUCAGCUCAGUUCGGGAUCCACAGUUCGUGCUAGCAGCCGUUGUAAUGAAGAGAGUGAUGAACAUCUGGACUUUGACGCUGGUGUUGGCGGUUAUUGACGAUCGUAAUGCAGGAUCAUGUCAAUCACUUAGCAGUGCAGAAAGCUCUCAUGUGAUUCAGAUUGGCCAGACACAACCGAAUGGGAAAAUUGAAUAUAAUUGUGGUGGUUCGUAUCUGGGCUCAGCAAUGGUUGUUUUUGGUGCCCACUGUGCAAAUAUGAAUGGCCGUCAACCAGAUAUCGUCCGUUUUGGCAGCACACUGGCAAAUGGAAUCAAUGUACGCAUCGCCAAUAUUACAAUCCACUAUCGAUACAAACCUCAAUUCGAUUACCACAAUAUGGCAGUUGCCCAGCUCGAACGAAACCCACAGUCCAUCUCAGCCGCGAUAAAACCAGCUUGUAUUAUGAAACCACAUCUAAAGUCCAACACUCCGGUCCAACUGAUCGGACCGAUCAAAGAUCGUUUAGAAAGAACUAGCUUACUGGCGGUUGGAUCAGAGAAAUGCCACGAAUAUUAUAACCCAAACCGAAAACUACGAUUUGGAGUAUUAUUGUGCUGUUUUUGUGCCAGAAGCACAAACUCCAGUCCAUGCACGACCCAACAUAGUUCCCCCUUACAAAUUAUUAGAAAACAGUCUGGAAAAGAGGUGCCGUUCUUGAUUGGACACAAGUCAGUUGGAAAAUCAUGCGGGACAGUCACUCCAGCAGUCUACACACGAUAUGGAUCAUAUUUCGAGUGGCUAGAAACCGUAACUGGAUUAAAGUUCGCAGAGAAGGAAUGUUUUGCCCGAUAUUGAUGCCCACACAUGAAGAAACGAUGAAUUCCCAACGGGGAGGAUUAUUUUCGAAGCUAAUCAGACCAAAUGAUUUAACGUACACUCUAGAAUAAAUAUAUUUUAUAGACCCAA